AUGAAUAUAAAGUUAAUUCAAUACUAAAUUGUUUUGCUUCUACAACAGUUUGAAUCUCAUGUUUCAUAACUUUAUCAAAUCCAAUGGAAAUUAGGUUUAUUUAAAUCCUUAUUUAGAUAAUACUGUUAUUAAUAUCCCUUUAACAAAUGAUGCCUUUGAUUAACCAUUUUGUGCACAAUCAAAUUUCAUUUUAGAUCAAAAUAGGAAUUUUGAAGAAAAGAAUACAACAAUUACAUUUAGAUUAAAUGAAGAUAUAUAAAAGGAAUACAAAAUUAAUUUAAGUAAAUACCUUAACUCAAAAUUAAGAUGUAUAAUCAAAUAUUUAAAAUAGAGAUUAAUGAUGUUUUAUUUAUAAAUGACAAUACACAAUUACAGAUAUUUUGGAAAUUUCAAAAACUCUAUGAAAUAGAUUUAGGGUAUUUACACUAAUUAUUCUACUAGAAAUAAUUAGGAAUAGAAACUCAAUUUUAGCCCAUCAAAUAUCCAAAAAUAAUCUGAAGUAAUUCCUAAAGUCUCUGUUUCUUCUAUUCCUUUUAUUGAUCAAAAAAAUAAUGAACAAACUACUAAAAUUUUAAAAUAAUCUAUCGAAUUAAAUGAUCCUAUAAUCAUAAAAUUAAAUGCUGAAAAUAAAAAAUUAAAAGCUUAUGUUAUAGAUUUAAAACGAUAAAUUGAUUCUCUUACUUCAUAAAAACCAAUCUUUAUUUAAGCAGAAUUUGAAGGCUUUCUUAGAGAAUAUCAAAUGGAAAAUGAGAAAUUAAGAAAGUUAUUGAAAUUGUAAGUUCAAAAAAGUUAAUCUUUAUAAGAAGAAUUAAAUAUUCUUAAUUCUUAGUAUAUCUAAAAUACUUUAAGAUUUUAAUAACACAUUAGGCAAUUAGAAGAUAGAUUUUAAGAAAUCUUAAUCAAUUGCCAAAAUUAUAAUGAAACUAUAAAUAAUUUUCAAUAAUCAGCCCUUGAAGAUCACUAAAAAUUAGAAGAUUUAGAUAAUAAAGAAUUCUAAAGAUAAAUAGAAUUAAAGAAAUUAUUGAAAGGUAAAAUAAUCAAUCAGAUCUCAGAAAAUGAAAAUAUUCAAUAGAAAACUGAAGCAAAUCAUUUAUCUAGUUAAGAUGUUUAUGAAUAAUAAAAUAUAAGAUAAUAAACUUAAGAAAUUUAUCACUUGUUAGAUAAUGACUGA